AUGGCGAGUUUUGCUUGCUCGCAGCUUGGGAAUCUGCUGGACGAAAUCGACGGCGGAUCCGGCGACAAGGUUCAGGUCCGAGUUUACCGGGUCAGUUUCAAGGAGCUGAUUCAAGGCAAGGAUUUGAUCGAGCAUAAUGUGAAGCAUAUUAACCACGAGUGCAAGACAAAGUGCAAGUCUUGCGGUGCAAGUGCCGACGUGCAGGGAUCUCUGGCCAACUCCCUCGGUGGACUGCUCACUUCCGCGUCCCAGGCCGCAGGUUCCGUGGCAUCGAGCUCGACAAAUGCCGCCAAGGCACAGUUUGAUGCCAUCACGUCCUUGCUUGGUGAGGACGAAGAGGAAGCUGAGGAGGUGCCUGGGGAGGCUCAAGGCAGCCGAAGCAACGGAGUGCCAGAGCCGGCCCCAUCGCCCUCAGUCCCCUCAACCCGUGCUGGGGUUGUAUCUGCGGAGCAGCCUCCAGACGAAGUUCCUGAGGCCUCGCCGGCGCCCUCCACCAGUGAGUUCGUGGCCCAGGGCUGGAGCUUCGAGGCCCUUUGGUGCAUCUGCGGUGGUGCGCAGUGUGAAGGCUUUCUCUUGAAAGCGGGGUCGUAA